ACGCCCAUACGAGCUUUCGGCAACACUUCUUUUUCUCUUCUGACGUUUAUUUUUCUUUUAUUUUUCUUUUGAUUGCGUGAAUUUAUAAAUUUCUUUCUAUUUGUGUAUUUGUUCGACGAGAAAAGUGCUAUUUUGGAUAGUAUAAGUCGUCAUACGAUGGCCAAGUUUUAUAAACUGGAUAUAAAUCGCACGGAAUGGGAAAUUCCUGAUACCUAUCAACAAUUGCAGUCUGUUGGAAGUGGGGCGUAUGGGCAAGUAUGCAAAGCCAUUGUUCGUGGGUCCAAUAUGAAAGUGGCAAUUAAGAAAUUGGCUCGUCCAUUUCAAUCUGCUGUACAUGCAAAAAGGACAUACCGUGAAUUGAGACUAUUGAAGCACAUGGAUCAUGAAAAUGUCAUUGGUUUGUUGGAUGUUUUUCAUCCUGGUCAACCAUCGAAUUCUUUGGAACAUUUUCAGCAGGUGUAUUUAGUCACACAUCUUAUGGACGCUGAUCUGAAUAACAUAAUUAGAACCCAGAAAUUAUCGGACGACCAUGUUCAGUUCUUAGUCUACCAAAUAUUAAGAGGACUAAAGUACAUUCAUAGCGCUGGAAUUAUACAUCGGGAUUUAAAACCGUCAAAUAUUGCUGUUAAUGAGGACUGCGAGUUGAGAAUUUUAGAUUUUGGGUUGGCACGCCCAGCCGAAAGUGAAAUGACAGGCUACGUGGCUACACGUUGGUACAGAGCUCCCGAAAUUAUGCUCAACUGGAUGCAUUAUAAUCAAACUGUUGAUAUUUGGUCUGUGGGUUGCAUUAUGGCCGAACUGCUUACCGGACGCACACUUUUUCCGGGUACAGAUCAUAUACAUCAGUUAAAUUUAAUUAUGGAAAUUUUAGGGACGCCGCCGGAAGAUUUCAUGCAGAAAAUCUCUUCAGAUAGUGCUCGCAAUUACAUUCGCUCACUACCAAUUAUGCAGCGUCGCAAUUUCCGUGACGUGUUCCGUGGGGCCAAUCCUUUGGCAAUAGAUCUUUUGGAGAAAAUGUUGGAAUUAGACUCCGAGAAGCGAAUUACAGCAGAACAAGCUUUGGCCCAUCCAUAUAUGGAGAAAUAUCACGAUCCUACAGAUGAACAAACUUCACCAUUAUAUGAUCAAAGUUUUGAAGAUAUGGAUUUGCCAGUCGAGAGGUGGAAGGAGCUAGUGUUUAAUGAAGUUUUGAAUUUUAAACCCUUGCCGGCAUUCGCAGAUGUCUUAAGUCAAGCUCAACAAUCACCUGGACAAGGACAAUAGUCACAACAGUAAAAAUAUAAUGCACUUUGUUUGCCUUGUAGAAAUAACUUUUAAACAUUUUCGAUAUGUACUUAACGUCAAGAUGUUAUUACUUUAGGGUAUGUUUUAUAUCCUUUUAUUUAAAUAAUCCAUGUAAACGUCGUUGCGCCUAAUAUUAUUAUAACCAUUAAUAAAGAAAAAAGGAACACAUUUGCCCAAUA